AUGGACUCUCGUCGACUUGCCCUUUCCAUUAUAGAUUCAUCUUUAAUCCCGAGCACGAAGGUGGAAACUCUCGAUUUGCGUGAUCGCCUUGAUAAGAAUGCCUUGGGAAAAGGCCACUCUAUCCUCAAAGCUCAGAGCACGGCUAAGAGGGGCCAGAAAGUUUCCAAAUGGCCCCAUGUCAUCUACCAAGGCAAUAGCAGAUCUUUCAUCGAACACCUCUUGAUGGUACAUGGAAUCCAGAUGGCGGAUGCUAUGGUCCUGAGCAAUUGCACUGCUCGAAAGAUCACUGGCACAGAGAUGUACGCUUUGUUGUGCGGUAGGCUGAGCAUUCCCGCCAUCAUGAAGCGGCCCUGCGUGGUCACAGAGGAGUACGUGUCUAUGGUAGCAUCUACUACCCGAACUGAAGCCGAAGAUGACUUUACGGCCACGAAGUCUUGCUUCCAGGAGACGUUCAGGAAUGAUGCCACCUCGACCAGCAAGUCAGAGAAAAGCCCGGUGAUCACCGAUAGCACUGUGAAUGACCACUCUCAGGGAAAAGGCACACAGACGUCUAAAGUUGUUGAUCCGGGAGAACUUGGCGUUGAUAUUCCUGAAGUCGAAGGCGUAGAUAAUCCUGAGUUCAUGGCUGCCAACCAGACAGAUAGUGGCGACAGGGCGGAAGCUAAUGCCGAGUUUAAGCACACCCCGGAACCUGCCUUCAGCAGCUUCCAGACGGCGAUGGGUGCAGUUCGGUACACGAACUAA